CAUUUUAAUACAAAUUCUAGAUUGCAGCAGACGUGUUGGCCUAACUGUACCAUGUAUGUCACUCAGUCUACCUGUGUGUCUCCAACAGCACAUUGAAGCCAAAAGGAAUCUAGAGCCACAUAAUUUCCCUCCAAUGUGACAAAUGCAAUGAUAAGAAACCACAGACAUCUCAUUGGCUCUGAGUCCCAGGAAAUAAAAGUACAAAAUAAAAAAACGAGUGGUAAAGACAACAUUUAUUCUUUAUUUCAGAUACCGGUGGACCUCAUUAAGUUCGAAUGUCAUCAGACAUUAAUCUAUUUUAAGCGAAAGCAUAGCUUCAUUACGAGAUGAAUUUAAACCUUGAGAUUGAAACGCAUAUUUUUCUACUAUACUCUACUUUUCUUAAGAAACAAAUUGUAAGUUUUGUAGUCACUUGAAAUGUCUCAUUCUCUACACCGGUGUUGAUUAAUUUUUUUUGCCUUUGGAGUUUUAGUUUUAACUAAAUAACUAAUGGACUCUUUUAAUGUGGUAUUAAAAGUUAUACUGAGAGCUGAAUAGAGUGGACUUUGACAAAACAAGCCGAGGUUUGCACAUGUCCACUGACGCAGCUUGAGUCUUUAGACUAGACCCUUCCACCUGGAGGUGGCAGUCUGAGAGCAGAAGAUUGUUUGUGAUCAGAUGUUCAAGUUUAGUUUGAAAUUACAGGUCAAAACUUCACAACUUGAACAAAAAGUAUCUUAUGCCAUAGGUCUGUUUUGAAAAUGAACAACUUCAAUAUUUUCCUCUUUUAAAACUUAAAGGUUUGGAGCUAGUUGUUGAUUUUGGUCAAGUUGUUUUCAGUGACAUUGCUCAGAGAGCUAAUUUCUAUCAUGCAACUCUUAGAAGGUGUAAACUUAAAUUAUUUAUCUAAAUGUAGAAUUUGUUCACAGCCAGCAACUUUAUUUGAUACAAUUACAAGUCCAGUGUUUAAUUUUAAAAGAGUCUUGUUAACUUUUUGUUAUGUUGACUUUUCUUUCUACUGUGUCCAAAGUUUUUAUUUAUUUACUUAUUUAUUGCUAAGUUAAACUAACUUCAUUAACUUAAGCCCUGAACAGUUAGGAGAACAAUUGAUUUCAAAUAUCCCUGACAUUUACAAGUUUUUAGAAACAACUCAAAAUGUACAGCGUACUAAAGCUUAAAAAAAAAGAAGUAAAAUAGCGACAUAAAACAAAACAAGUCCACUUUGCCUACAACCAACAAACCAACAAGUCACACCUUUGCAUCAGAUACAGGCGCAUAGUAAACUUUUUUUUAUUGAACAUCGGUGUGGGGGAAAAAAAUUCUCUUAUUAGAUCAGCAGAUAUCCAGAAAUACCCUGGUUCUGCAAACCGCUCCCACCUCUGCACUCGCUGGCCAAUGGGAAGGGGAAGCAGGGUGUGUGCACAUGCCAUAAAAGAGAGAUGAUGCCCAGGUGGUGGAGCAUUGUACAGGUGAGCACUCCAAUUCUCAUGUCGCCACUCUUCACUGCCUGAGGAUACUACUUCACGGCACCAGACACAGGACCUGACAAAGUUUGCCCUUAAAGCAUGCUGACGGAGUUAGAGACGAGGGCUUACGUGCCCGAGGUGAAGCUGGGUGGAUGUCGGGGUUCCUGGAGUGGGGUGGCCCCGUCGUCCUGCGCUGAGGUCGACCUCGAGGUCAUCGAGGAGUACCUGCAGGAGCAUUCGCUCGAGGUCCAACCCGCUCACACACCUUCAACGUCCAUGGCUGCUAACAUGGGCCACCAGACGCACGUUCACUCCCACCGGGACGCCAGGAUCAUAGAGAACAGCUGGUCGGGUCAGCAUCCGUACGAGUGGCGCUACGGCUGCCACACUCCAAACGAGGAAUACAAGGAGCCAACCCCACAUCCAGCCUGGCAGAGUCCGCAAGACCAGUGGGAACACAUAGCCUACUACGGGCCUACGAGUAUAUAUAUUGAUUCAGACUCGCAGUCAAGCAGUUCCCAGUACCAGGAUUACCGAGAUUCACCAUCACCACCCUCCGACAGAGGGGAGAGGAAGGACAGGAGCUUGCCUCUGGCACCGCUAUCAGGAAAGAGGAAGGAGCGCCUGUUCCAGUUCCUGUUUGAGAUGCUCCAGACUCCAUCAAUGAGGAGCUGCAUCUGGUGGGUCCAGUCCUCCUCUGGAACCUUUCAGUUCUCCUCCCAGAACAAGGAGAGUCUGGCGCAGCUGUGGGGUCGCCGAAAGGGAAACCGCAAGACCAUGACCUACCAGAAGAUGGCACGGGCACUAAGGAACUACUCGCGGACUGGAGAGAUCCACAAGGUGAAGAGGAAGCUCACGUACCGCUUCGAUGAGAAGACACUGAAAGGCUUACAAGGAGACAGCAAAUUAGAGUAGCUAGUGUGUCAAAGAGCUCACAACAGAAAAUCAUUGGACUCACGUGAAAUAUUUUGUGCAGAUUCUAACUAUAUGGUAUUUUGAAUGACAAAUAAAUACUAAGUAUUUGAAAGGCCAGAGCAUUAACUACUGACAGUCGGGGCUUUGUGUAGGUAUAGCAGUGGUGUGUCAGAAGACUGAACAAGAAAUGAUGAAAGUGAUACAUGCAAAUUUCAGGCUGUGAAUGAGAGGUCAGUUGAUAAACACCAAGUAAAUCUAAAAGAUUAUGACAUAUUCUCUACUUUAUAAGUAGAAUUUAAAUCCAUCUCUUAAUAAAAGUUGUUUUUCCUCUGUUUUGUGAUUCUGUGUUGCAGGUAUUCAUGAAAAUAUGUGCGUAAACGUGCCGUUUGUGUCAAAAUAUCUUGUUCAAGAUAAAAUAAAUCGGAAAAAGAGCAGAAAAAAGUUUUUUUUUUUUGUUUGGUUUUUUUUUUGUUGCUCUGUCUACGUACACAAACAAAGUUGCCUUGUGAGGAGCGGCUCGUCGAGAUAAACAUUAAUGUGCUUGAAGCAAGCCCA